UCUCAUAGCUAGAUUUGCAACAAUUCAAUAUUUUCCACCUCCUUUUCUUGUCAUAAGUCCAUUUUUAUUUCAGGGGUUUUUCCUUCUUUUACGUUAAACCUUCUUCCGAAAGCACCUUAUGGUCCUUAUCAUCUUCCCCACCCUUCCUCCCUUUGAUGCCAUUUUUUUAUGCCAUUUUAGAUUUUUAUCAAAUUCGACACUCUAAAGAACAGAUUUGAGUUCAUCAGAGAGAGAAAGGUGUAGCAAAAUGGAAGCACUCAUACAAACAAAAGGCCUUCUAUCCCUCCCUUCAAAUCCCAAAUCCAAAUCCCUCUUCAAUCGACCACAACAGGGUCUCCGACAACGAUUCAAUCUUUCAAAUUCUAUAAAACCCAAAUCCCCAAAUGGGUUUUCUCUAAAUCUCAAUACUUUUACAAAAUUCAACGCCUUAACAAUUACCCCCCAAAACAGCAGAACUUUUCAUGUCUGCAAGGCUUCCGCCGCCGCCCUCCCCGGCGGCGAUGAUGUGGAAUCGCCGAAGUUUAUGGGUGUCGAAGUUUUGACCCUGAAAAAGAUCGUGCCUUUAGGGUUAAUGUUCUUCUGUAUACUUUUUAAUUACACAAUUCUUAGGGACACUAAAGAUGUUUUAGUAGUAACAGCCCAGGGUUCAAGUGCUGAAAUCAUUCCCUUUUUGAAAACAUGGGUUAAUUUGCCUAUGGCGAUUGGGUUUAUGCUGUUAUACACAAAAUUGUCUAACGUGUUGUCAAAGAAGGCUCUUUUUUACACUGUGAUUCUUCCUUUUAUUGCUUUCUUUGGGGCUUUUGGGUUUGUUUUUUAUCCUCUUAGUGGAUAUUUUCAUCCAACAGCUCUUGCUGAUCGACUUCUUGAAUUCUUGGGUCCUCGGUUUCUUGGACCUCUUGCUAUUUUGAGGAUUUGGAGCUUCUGUUUGUUCUAUGUCAUGGCGGAGCUAUGGGGGAGUGUGGUGGUUUCCGUUCUCUUCUGGGGUUUCGCUAAUCAGAUAACUACAGUAGAAGAAGCCAAGAAAUUCUAUCCUCUAUUUGGGCUCGGAGCAAAUGUGGCUCUAAUCUUCUCUGGUCGCACAGUUAAAUACUUCUCGAACAUGAGAAAACACUUAGGUCCAGGAGUCGAUGGGUGGGCGAUUUCUUUGAAAUAUAUGAUGAGCAUCGUCGUGCUUAUGGGGUUUGCAAUUUGUGGUCUUUAUUGGUGGGUUAAUACUUAUGUUCCACUUCCUACACGUAGCAAGAAGAAAAAGGAAAAACCGAACAUGACAACAAUGGAGAGUUUGAAGUUCUUGGCGUCUUCACCUUACAUUAGGGAUCUCGCAACGUUGGUUGUAGCAUAUGGUAUAAGCAUUAAUCUUGUGGAGGUUACAUGGAAAUCCAAGCUCAAAGCUCAGUUUCCUAGUCCGAAUGAAUACUCUUCUUUCAUGGGUGAUUUCUCAACUGCAACUGGAAUAACAACGUUCACAAUGAUGCUAUUAAGUCAAUGGAUUUUCAACAAAUAUGGAUGGGGUGUUGCAGCCAAAAUCACGCCCACUGUUUUGCUGCUAACUGGAAUUGGAUUCUUUUCUUUGAUUUUGUUCGGCGAUCCACUUGGACCAGGUCUUAUGAAGUUUGGAAUCACUCCACUUUUAGCAGCUGUCUACGUGGGUGCCAUGCAAAACAUAUUUAGCAAAAGCGCCAAAUAUAGUCUCUUUGAUCCAUGCAAAGAAAUGGCCUAUAUUCCUUUGGAUGAAGACACCAAGGUUAAAGGUAAGGCGGCAAUUGAUGUGGUGUGUAAUCCAUUAGGGAAAUCCGGGGGUGCAUUGAUCCAACAAUUCAUGAUUUUGACCUUUGGAUCACUAGCAAACUCGACCCCAUAUCUUGGUGGGAUACUACUAUUGAUUGUUUUAGCAUGGUUAGGAGCAGCAAAGUCAUUAGACACACAAUUCACUGCUUUGAGACGAGAGGAAGAGAUUGAGAAAGAGAUGGAGAGAAGUGCGGUUAAAAUCCCGGUGGUGUCUUCGAAUGAGGAUGAAAAUAAAUCUCUCGAGAGUUCACCAGAAACAUCAUUUCCUCGUGAAUCGUGAUGAAUGAACAAGGUGUUAGGAUUAUCAAUAUGGGGG